AUGAUUGCCAUAACAAGGAAUCUGGCUCUCGCGACCCUCGCGUUUGGGGCAGCAGCGCUUCCUCCGCAAUUGAGUUGCAAGAACGCGUUUGACUGGGAUGCCACCAGAUACCUACUCACCUUUGGCGACUCAUACACGUACGUCCAAGGAACACAUGGCCACCAAAACUACAGUUUCAUCGGCGACCAGCUGAACUUUGAAUAUGAUUGGAGAACGCUACUAUCCAACAAGAUUGUUCAGAACCAGACCGCCACGGCCGAGGGAGGUCCCAACUGGGUUGAGUUCCUAACAAAUUGUGGCGUCAAGAAAGGGUUGACCUCCCCACUCAGCUGUGAAAAGCAACUUUGGGACUUUGCCUUUGCUGGAGCGGACAUCUCCAUUGAAUACACUCCCCUGCACCACAACUACACCGUCUCCCUCGUCAAUCAAGUAAUACAGUACGAGCAAUACGGCCACCCGGUGCUCAAGAACAUCAUCCACCCAUCCCGCACCCUCGUCGCCAUCUGGAUUGGCAUCAACGACAUCAACGACUCCGCCAAAUACGCCGUACACUUCCCUACACUCUACAACCGCAUGAUGACCACGCUGUUCACCUCUGUCCAGACUCUCUACAACCUAGGCUACCGCUCCUACCUCUUCAUGAACCUUCCCCCUCUGGACCGAACCCCUGCCAACCAAGCACGGAGCAAUCCCUCCCCGAACGCAACCCAGAUAACCUGGUUCAACAAUGCACUAUCCCAACAUGCAAUGAGCUUUGCAAGAGCCCACCCCAACGCCACCGUCCAAGUCUUCGACGCCCAUACAGCGCUGAGUAACAUGAUGGACCAUCCGGCGCAGUAUGGAAUCGUCAACACGACGAAUUUCUGCGCAGGGUACAACCAGCCGGACAUCGAGACGAAUUACCUGGCAUAUGGGUGUCCCACACCGCUGGAUACGUACUUCUGGUUUAACUCGGGUCAUCUGACGAGCCAUGUCCACAAGGAGCUCGCGGAGAUUCUAGAGGCGCAGUUGAAGUCGUGCUCGAGGUGA